AUGGCGGAACCACGGGUGCACAUAAUUAAGUACCCUGUGCCUCCAAAUGUAUACUGCGAACGAUGUUUUAAUAAUCCGGAGGCCAGGGUACAGGGCAAGUAUAGCGACCCGCCGCAUCUAGCGAAACAUCUAAAAGCGUGCCAUCCGGGAGAUACGCUUGGUUAUAUCUGUUCUGUGUGUGGCUUCAGGGGAACGGGUGCGUAUCCCCUGAAAGCCGUUCGUUUGCAUUUCGCGAAGGAGCACGAUACUCCCGGAGGAGAUGCGGCGGGUCCGAGCACUCGCGGCGACAGCGACACCGGCGAGAGCGUAGUUGCGGGCGCGCGUACUCGAUCGGCGCGGGCGGCCGCGUCGUCGACGGGGACGGUUGGCGUGAGUCGGAGUCGUGCCGCAAAACCGCGGCAACCCAUUGUGGCUCCCACGGUCACCCCUACGCCAGGGCCGCCAUCACCACCAGCAACAACAGCAGAGUCCCCCUCAUAUGCGACAGUCACCGCGGGCAUAACAACAAGACGGCCCUCUACACCGACCACUGUGCAGGCCCGCGGGAGAACUGUCGCGAAGAGCGCCGCGUCAUCACCAAGGUCAGCGCUGCUAGCAGAUGGCCAGCGAGAUCGGGCCAUCGAAGAUCGACCAAUCGGCAGGCUGGCCGCCAUGAGAAGGCCGCCGAGGACAACAGCCGCCGCAGUUACUGGGUCGCCAGUGCUGCAGGUAAGAGUACAAAGGUUGCCCGACAGGUCAUCGGCUGCGGCAAGCUCGGCGCGCGCUCCUCCCCACCCCUCGCCAAACAUUCCAUCGACGGCGGGGGGAUCUGCAUUAACAUCCAUAGCAACAAGGAAGAGCGGGGAGGGAGCAGCGAAGAGACCGCCCGCGAGAACCACCAGCACGCGGAGGGCGGUCGGCGCGUCGAGCGGGAAAAGCAGCAGCAGCAGCACGGCCAGGCCGGGACGUGUCCCCCCGCACCCGACCCCCUGCAUGUCAUCUGGGGGUGCGGGCACGCCAAAUGUAUCCGGCGGCGCGGAGGGGACAUUCAGCUUUACUAGACAGUCGGCCGGCAGAAACAGCACGCCAUUUUCCACCCCGGCGGUGAAUACGAGGAAUAGCCGGCCGACUGACGUCCCGGUCGCGAAAAGUGCGCUGCGCGAGUCGGGCAACGCGGCGUCGUGGAUCGUGGGGGGCAGAUCGCUGCAGAGAACACCCCCGAGGAGAUCGUCCCCCACGAGGCCCCCCAGCCUGCCACUGAGUGGCACUCCAACGGGGGGCCCAUUCGAGACACGAACAUCCGUCUCGCCCGCGACGUCGCUACCGGCAACACUGACGACCUGCACGGUGACCACUACAAU